AAAAAUAGUAAGGGAGAAUUUCCCGAGGGAGAAGGGCCAGAAUGGAUUUUUAAGGGGUUCCGUCUUCCAGCCUCCUUUCAUAGUAGGAGAGGUACCCAGUCCACUGAUAACUUUUCUCAGAAUUUAGCCAUCAUAUCUGACCUCAUAACUAUCAAAUGAUUUCAUCUUGGUACUGUAUAUACUGCUUUGGAUGUGAAUACGGCUACUCAGGUUCCAUAUCCCUCUCUGUCAGUAACUCAUUGUACGACUUUGGACAAGUUCCUUUCCCUCCCUGGAGCCUCAAGUUCCCUAGCUGGGAAAUAAGGGCAUUAGGACUCACUUUUUAUGGCCUCCGGAGCUUACAUGUACUUAAAUAAUGCAUGUGCACUGAGCACACAGUAAGCAUUCAGAAAAUUCUGGAUCUGUUAUCUGUGAGGAGGCCACUCCGUUGACAGUUGUGUAAAACUCUGCUGCCUUCCCCAGCUCCAACCUCUCUGGUCUUCAAUAACACUAUCAUCAGGGAAAACGUGGGGGAAGAUGAACCGGCUGUGCAACUCGAUGGAGCUGAGGGUGAUGGACGAUGACAUGCUCAAGCUGGCUGUCAGGGACCAGGGCCCCCAGGAGGAGGCCGGGCAGCUGGCCAAGCAGGAAGGCACCCUCUUCAAGGAUGUCCUGUCCCUGCAGUUGGACUUUCGGAACAUCCUCCGCAUAGACAACCUCUGGCAGUUUGAGAACUUGAGGAAGCUGCAGCUGGACAAUAACGUCAUUGAGAAGAUUGAGGGCCUGGAGAACCUCACACACCUGGUCUGGCUGGAUCUGUCUUUCAACAACAUUGAGACCAUCGAGGGGCUGGACACACUGGUGAACCUGGAGGACCUGAGCUUGUUCAACAACCAGAUCUCCAAGAUUGACUCCCUGGAUGCCCUCGUCAAGCUGCAGGUGUUGUCGCUGGGCAACAACCGGAUUGACAACAUGAUGAACAUCAUCUACCUCCGGCGGUUCAAGUGCCUGCGGACGCUCAGCCUCUCUGGGAACCCUAUCUCUGAGGCAGAGGAUUACAAGAUGUUCAUCUGUGCCUACCUUCCUGACCUCGUGUACCUGGACUUCCGGCGCAUUGAUGACCACACAGCAAGUGUCUCCCUCUCAGUCUCCCAGCCCUGUGAGACAGAGUCCUCAAGCCCCCAGAAAGAGCUUGCGGAGGCUAAGCACCAGUACAGCAUCGACGAGCUGAAGCGCCAGGAGAAACUGAUGCAGGCCCGGCUGGAGGACGAGCAGGCGCGGCGGGAGGAGCUAGAGAAGCACAAGACUGCGUUUGUGGAACACCUGAACGGCUCCUUCCUGUUUGACAGCAUGUAUGCUGAGGACUCAGAGGGCAACAAGCUGUCCUACCUGCCUGGUGUCGGUGAGCUCCUUGAGACCUACAAGGACAAGUUUGUCAUCAUCUGUGUGAACAUUUUUGAGUAUGGCCUGAAACAGCAGGAGAAGCGGAAAACAGAGCUUGACACCUUCAGUGAAUGUGUCCACGAGGCCAUCCAGGAAAACCAGGAGCAGGGCAAAAGCAAGAUUGCCAAGUUUGAGGAGAAGCACUUGUCGAGUUUAAGUGCCAUUCGAGAGGAGUUGGAACUGCCCAACAUUGAGAAGAUGAUCCUAGAAUGCAGCGCUGACAUCAGUGAGUUGUUCGAUGCGCUCAUGACGCUGGAGAUGCAGCUGGUGGAGCAGCUGGAGGAGACUAUAAACAUGUUUGAAAGGAACAUUGUUGACAUGGUAGGACUGUUUAUCAAAAAUGUCCAAAGCCUGACGGCCCAGUGCCGGGACUUGGAGAAUCACCACCACGAGAAGCUCCUGGAGAUCUCUAUCAGCACCCUGGAGAAUAUUGUCAAGGGCGACCUGGACGAGGACCUGCCUGACGACCUGCGCGCGCUUUUUGUCGAUAAAGAUACGAUUGUUAAUGCUGUCGGGGCAUCACACAACAUCCACCUCCUGAAGAUUAACAAUCGAGAAGAAGAGCUGGUGACCAGAAUCAACUCCUGGUGUACACGUUUAGUAGACAAGAUUCACAAGGAUGAGAUCAUGAGGAACCGCAAGCGCGUGAAGGAGAUCAAUCAGUACAUCGACCACAUGCGGAGCGAACUGGACAACCUGGAAUGUGGCGACAUCCUAGACUAGAUGAGUGUCAGCCACAGGAGCUUCUUCAAAACAUAGCACCAGCACCAGCCCCAGCCAGGAGAAAGAAGUGCACACGCCUCACCGAGCACCUCGGGAGAGUUGCUGGGCAUCUCUCAACCGUGAUCCCCAACACCAUUCUUCCCACCCCCCAGGAAAAACUUCCAAAAGUAGAGAAAAUAAAGGACUCAUUUCACAUUUCCCCUAUUCAU